AUGGACCUCUUUCUACCACAGUGGCUGGCCGGCGUUGAUCUACGAACAAGCGAAUCCUUUGACAGCGAAGAAGGCUUCGGCCACGGGCCUUUCCAGAAGAGGACGCUCCCUCUGAUUCUUCUGGGAGUCUUUUCGAUUACUAGCCAAACCACCUUGGUGCCCCUCCUCACCGGUGACGUCGACCAUUGGUGCAAGCCGCCAGCCGGCUUCAACAUCUCUGCAGCCGAUUGGAAGAAUAUUGCGAUACCGACAGAGGCCGACGGACGCUUCAGCCGCUGCCACGUUUACGAACGCUGCAAGCCCCCCGCUGACCCCAGCAGUCCCAUUGAAGAUAGGAAGAUUGGCGCUGGACCUGCCGAGGCCGGCUGGUGGUACAGCAGAUGCUUCCUUGGCCAGCGUGAGCUCGACGACACCAACGACACACUCGAUGCGCCCUGUGAAGAGUGGGACUACGACGUUCGGACGGCCGAGACCAGUGCGGUGAGUUAUUGGAAUAUGGUUUGCCACCGACGUUUCCUGCCGGCAGCCCUUGUCACCCUGCACAGUACCGGUUCUGCAAUUUCGCUUAUUCUGCUCGGAGCCUUCGUGGACUACGUCGGCAGGAGAUCCAUGCUCGUGGUCUCCGCCGUGGCGGUGGUGACCUGCACGGUGUGGACCAUGGUGGCGACAAGUUACGUGAGUUACGCUGUGGGACGUUUCUUUACCGGGGGCAGCGUCGCCGCAUACACGAUUUUUGCAUUCCUGAUUCCAUUCGAGGUCAUGACGCACACGCACAGGCCGCACCAGGUCCUGUUCCUGGCGGUUGUCAGUGCGGCGAUAGACAAGGUUUGGCAAGACAUCGUCACAUCUAUGGUCGUCGACUGGCGUCUGAAGCAGGUCAUCCUCCUCGCUCCGACGGCUUUUCUGCUCCCAGCUUUGUCUGCAGCACGAGAGUCUCCCCGCUGGCUUGUCGCGAAAGGACGGCUGGACGCGGCAGAAGCAGUCAUGAUGCAGGCUGCCAAGACGAACAACUUCCCGCUUGCGGCCACCGCCUGUCUCGUGCGAAAACUCAGGGAACAGGUCGAGAAACGCACGGGUCAGGAAGGCGCAGACAGAGACGACUUGAUCGACUGUCACUCCCUCCGACGUCGAGCGUUGGCCAUGUUCUCUGUCUGCUUCUCCAUAUCGUUCCUCUAUCACGUCAGUGCUUUCUCGACGGCGCGUUUGGGGGAAUUCUGGAUUCCGGGCCUCACGGUGGUCGUCACGCUGUUGACGUACGCGGUCAUGCAGUUCUUGAUGACCGGCGUCGCCCUUAUUACGGUCUUUACGAGUUGCUUCCUGCUGACGGGCAUUAUCCAAUGCGCACUGAGUAUCGCCGCCGGGGCCAGACUCGGCACUAUCACCAAGGUCUUGCUCGUGCUAUCCCAGGGCGCGUCAAGUGUGAUUUCCAUCCACUGUUACACAUACGUGCUCGAGUUGUUCCCGUCGGCCGUGCGGGGAGGCGCAAUCUGUUGGGCGCUCGCCAGUUCACGCGUCGGGGCCAUGUGCGCGUCCUUGACUUUCGCGCUGAAGCCGACCGGACACGAAGACGUACUCUUUGCCGUGACCGGACUGUUGAUGUUCGCCUGUCUGCGUGUCAUCCGUGCCCUGCCACGCAAUACGGUGGUGGAGGAAGCGAAAAUCGUGACCAGGCUAGCUUCGGAAUCCACCAGAAUGGCUGUGGACCACAUGAAGCGGACCCUAGUUCGGCAGAUUCAAGGAAAGGCGCUCAAGAGUUCAAGCUCGGAGAGCUCCAAGUCAUCCGGCAGGAAGAGCCGAAAAAGCCCUGCCAGCAGCAUUCCUCGCAGUACUAAGAGAUCCGGUAACUUUUGCAUAGACCACGUGCAGAAGUGAGAAGCAGCAAGAGGAUUGUCCGCACCCCAUUGGUGGCGUCGUCUUCUCCAACAUUACGAAGCUACCUCUAAUAUGCUCGUAUCAGUUUUAGAGCAGCUGUAUAAAAGUAGCCUUGAAUCUAUGUUUUCAGAAAGUAGCAGUUAUUCUCUAUUUUCGUAUUUUUCAUGUAUCGGUAUGUUUAACACGUAUCUUAUUCGUUUAAAUGCAUGCAAUAUAAAGUUUUGUAAUGAUAGCCAAUGUGUCCAAGC